AUGUACAAGUCCAAAGCACUUUCCAAGGAUGUCAGUGACAAGAAUGUGGACCUACACAAGGCUGGAAUGAGCUACAAGACCAUCGCCAAGCGGCUGGAGAUGGACUCCUUGCGUAUUUUGCUCUACUCGCUCAUCUUCCUGCUCAGCGUCUUCGGCAACCUCCUGAUCAUCGUGGUCCUGAUGCUGAACAAGCGCAUGCGGACGGUCACCAACUCCUUCCUGCUGUCGCUGGCGGUCAGCGACCUGAUGAUGGCCAUUUUCUGUAUGCCCUUUACACUCAUCCCCAACAUGCUAGAGGACUUCAUCUUUGGAGCCACCAUGUGCAAGAUUGUCACCUACUUAAUGGGAGUCUCCGUCAGCAUCUCCACCUUCAGCCUGGUGGCCAUUGCUAUCGAAAGAUACAGUGCCAUCUGUAACCCACUGAAAUCCCGUGCAUGGCAGACCCGAUCUCACGCCUAUCGCGUCAUCGCUGCUACCUGGGUGGUGUCAUUGUUAAUCAUGGUGCCCUAUCCGGUGUUUAGUACUCUCAAGUCUUUCCCAAGGCAUAAUGGUACUGUGGGCCGCAUGUGCCGCUUGGACUGGCCCAAUCCACAAUCUGAGCAGGCCUGGUACGUGCUGCUGCUGCUCAUUCUGUUCUUUAUCCCGGGAGUGGUGAUGAGUAUAGCCUAUGGUCUGAUCUCCAGAGAGCUCUACCGGGGCAUUCAGUUUGAGCUGGGCCAGAGCAAGGAGGCAACUGGCCAGAAAAAUGGUGUAGACAAACCUUUGACAGGGCCGAAUGACGAUGAUGAUGGCUGCUACAUCCAGGUAUCCAAAAAGCCCUCCUCUUCUGUGGAGCUUCCCACCCUCUCUGCCUCAUCUAGCACCGUGCAGGUCAAGACUGAGCGCGCCCGCAGCAACACCUCCGAGGCUAAGCUGCAGGCUAAGAGGCGCGUCAUCCGCAUGCUGAUGGUGAUCGUAGCACUCUUCUUCAUCUGCUGGAUGCCCUUGUUCACAGUUAAUACCUGGAAAGCCUUUGACAUGAAGUCUGUCACCAAAGCCCUCUCGGGAGCACCCAUCUCUUUCAUCCACCUCCUGUCCUACACGUCGGCCUGUGUCAACCCCAUCAUUUACUGCUUCAUGAACACACGUUUUCGCAAGGCUCUGCUGUCCACUUUUGCCUGCUGCGGUCGCAACCGUCUGUGCCGCAAAUGCUGUUGGCGCAGCGGGAGGGAAGGUGGGGAAGACGGCAUCAACGCCACCUCCAUGGGCGCAUCGAUGGCGACCUCAAUGUCCAAGUUCAGCUACACCACUGUAAGCACCACCGGCACCUGCUAAGCCUCGAGGAGGGCCGGGUGGUCGAAUCAGUGGCUGUGGUUACAGUGUAUGUGCCAUCUGUUUUAUUUUUUCCCUGUUUUUUUUUAUUUUUAAUCUUCUGUUUGUCACUCUUCAUCUUAUUGUGGUGUGAGUCAUGUGCUGAGUAAUAUCCAUGCCCUUGCUUAGAGGUCUUUUUCAAAGGUCUUCUUUAAAUUCUUCGUGCAUGGUUGCAGAAUGUGAAGUGGAGAAAAUACUGUUUCUUUUUUUGGUGACAUCCUCCAGUUUAACUGGCAGCAUCUGCUUUGUUGCAUCCUGAAAAGAACAUCAAGUGCCUGUGCUCUUUGUGUGGCUUUGUUUGUUCGCUAGCUGGGACGGACAUUUUAGUGGGAAAACUAUGUUGAAAAUAUAAAUUCUGUGUACAUAUUAUUCUGUCUUUAAGUUUACUUAAGGUUAACGUUUUGAUGGAGACUGCUAAAUAAUGAAGACCCGCUAACCUACAGCGAAUGGAAGGAUUUCGGUUCCAUUUUUGUUCAUCUUCAGUCAUUCAGGGCAUCUCUUUCUGGUGCCAGUAUUAUUAUUACUAUUAUUUUAUUUUUAUAUUCAUUAAUCAUUGAUCUUAUCAUUAAUAUUAAUUCUAAUUUAUCACUAGCCUAUUUGUUUAUAUUUUUUCCCACUUGAUAUUAUGGCUUUUGAAUGAGUACCACCAUAUUUGGCCACAAGUAAAAGUUUUAAUGGAAAUGAAGUAUAAUAUUGUUUUUUGGAUGACAUAAUUGAUCAUUAACCUCCUAAGACCCAAACUUUUUCAUGGCAUGCAUUUAUAUUUUCUCUUUGCUAUUUGGGCUCAUUGGGACCUGAUGAAUGUAAACACAAAGAAUUACAUGAUUUUUUCUUUGCCUGAUUUUUGUUUCUGAGAAAAAUGAGAUCCACAUACGAGGACGUUCGCUUUAAAUUCCGAUAGAACAGUGGCAGUCUAACGUCCUCGUAAGUGGAUAUCAGGCCCUUGUACAGCAAAAUUUUAUAUUUUGGUCUAGACAACAAAAAAUGUGAUGUCCACACAUGUGGACGCCAGGUCCUAGGAGGUUAAUUAAUUAUUGUGCUGUUUUGGGUAAACUGGGUAAAUGUUUCCCCCCCUACACUUUCUUAUACUACAGAAAGGAGAAAGGAACACAAGUUUUUAAUCUUUCUAUGUAAUUAAAAACCUCAAAGUGUACAAUAAAUGGCCCAAAAAUCCAUAUCUCUUCAUAUACUUACAAAUGUGAGAGCUUUAAUGAAAGAGGCUGUUCGUCCGCUUAUUCUGCUUGUUUGAGGGCUGGUGGUAAGUGCAUAUCAGAAAAUGUGAAUCUGCUUGAAAUCUCUGCAGCACAAAGUGCAACAGUUUAGUUGGGAAUAUCUAGCUAGUUUCUUCUUAAACUCACCAAAUCAAAAGCAACUACUGUAGCGACUCAGCAGCAGUUUUAGAGGCUUUGCGGCACCUUAGAGGUCAACCAUUCUCAUGUUUAACUAAACUAAAGCGUUACAUGUGUAAUAUAUAACCAGCUGUUGAGAAGGUGAAACAGAGAGAAAGCACAAAUAUUUGGUGAAAACCUUGCUAAUAGCUAGCAAGAAUGCUAUAAUGUAAAGCUGAUCCUUCAGGGAAACAAAGGUAUGAGAUGGUCGGAGAUAGUUGUUCAAUGCAGAAGUUUACCUACCUGCUAAGAAUGAAAGGGGACCUGUUAUUCUUUGCCUUACUUUAUGUCAUAUGUGUAAUGUAUUAAUGGUUGUUGUUCAUGUAUAGCAAAGGAUCAAAUACUUAGGCAAACAUACAUAAAAUUAAUCGCUGAAAGCAGAAUGCUCAAGCUGUAAACUGAAGAGAAAAUGAAUAAUUUAUAUUAAAAAAAUUGGCAGCUGACCCCCAAAAGGAACAAGAAGGAUGUUUACAAGGCACUGGAUGCCCCUUUGCAGGCUUCUGAAAGCUGGCCAAUCAGAGGAAACUGGGAAAGGAGGGAGCAUAAAAAACAUGAGAAAAAAUGCCCCACAAUCUAGCUUGGACAAUGCAAAGCUAUAUCUGUGCAUGAGGAUAACAAAAAAAGGUUGGUAAUUAGAGUAAUAGGUCCCCUUAACAGAAACAUGUUCAAUGGGAAGCAGGAGAGGAGGGACUGGGAAUGGGAAAUGUUAAUAGCUUGGAAAGUUUGCAAAGUGUGUUUAUGUGUUGAAAUUGCUCUAGAAACCUCUUCGUUCAGUGUUGUAUUGUACAUGCGGUCAUGCUGUCAUGUC